UUGAUUCCUUUACGCCUGAGAAUUCCCAAAGUUCCGGGAUGAGGUAGUAGCCAUGUCUCACAUGCAAGUAUAGGGGGCUCAUAGAGGAACCAAGUCACCUCGGUUUCAAUAGCAUGCCCACGAGCUCUUGUCAACGGCCCACUUGGAAUUUGUGGGGUUCAUGGUGAUCCAUGGGAUGCUUCGCACCACAGUGGCUCCUACAUCAUUGACUCCUGUGUGCUUCCUAGCUUCUAGCUUUCUAUUUUCCGUCCUGUUCACCAUGUCCGUUGCUCUUUCAUGUUUAUCAUGUCAUGCGAGUCCGUCAAACCUUUAUUGUCAUGUCAACCUUCUUUCUUGUCCUGAUCCUUUUGUGUACAAUUUGGCCCUUCUGGUUAUGAUAUUCUUCUAGAGGAUUUCAGUGGCCUCCUUUUGCAUUCUUGUUGAUCUAUGCCCAUUCUCUUGUCGCCGAGCUUCUUCUGCCGCUGGUUUCUUGUGCUAUGAUUUUUGCGACAUGCUUCUUCUAGCCCACCUUGGCUUUACUCAACAGGUUUUUGAAGACUCCAUGCUACAACUGACACUAUAGAGACACUGAUUUUGGAUUUCACUAUUUGUUAGUGUUAUAUUCUUCAAAUGCAAGGAGUAUUAAUUGGUGGUCUAGGUUUCUUUACGUAUUCGUAUCAGUCUAGUUUUCCUUGCUUGUAAUCCAAGUCCCUUGUAAUAUAUAUAUUCCCCCUUGGGCUAUACAAUAGAGAUAGGUUGCUCAUCUAACAAUGCUAACUUAUUUCUAUGUUUUAACCAUACUAUAUGCUUUGAUCCGUUGCAGAUAAACAUAUAAUCUUAAUGGGGCAUGAUCAUAUCACUCAUAUAGAGAAGCUCACGGCGGAUGGUUCUGUUGCUGACAGGAAAUGUUGCCAGGAACCUGGCUGCGAUGAAAUUGUCAGUGGAAGGAUAAUGUACUGCAAUAGUCACACUAGAGGGCAUUCAUCCCAACAGCUUGGUUACCUCCAGAGUUCACAGAAAACCUCAGAUUUAUACAUGCCCCCUGUUAAAGGCAGACAGUGUACUGAACCCAGUGCCAGUGCAGAGCAAGAUGUAAGUAUCAAGUAUGAGGGGAAUGAUCAAGGCAAACUCAAUGAUAGAUCUGGGAAUACUCAGGGAAACACUGGGCAACUAGUCUUGGGUGGCCCUGACACGCUUUGCAAGCACGACAACUGCAAAAAGCAGGCCCAGAGUAACACACUGUACUGCAAGCUACAUAGUGGUGGUAGCAAGGGUUGCCUAGUACGGGACUGUGUGAAAGCCGCACAUGGUGGCACACCUCUAUGCAUCGGCCAUGGAGGAGGGAAGCGUUGCAUCGUUGCUGGAUGUCCAAACGCUGCAUGUGGGCAGGGCCGUAGCGAGCACUGUGUGAGGCAUGGUGGCGGCAAGAGAUGCAAGUUCGAAGGGUGCGUGAAGGGCGCACAAGGGAACACAGACUUCUGCAUCAGGCACGGCGGGGGAAGGCGGUGCAAAUCCGAAGGAUGCACAAAGAGCGCACAAGGACGCACGGAUUUCUGCAUCAAGCAUGGUGGCGGCACCCGGUGCCAGUUCCAAGGAUGCAACUCCAGCGCAAAAUGGGGGACGGAUCACUGCUCCAUGCAUCGGAAGAGUUUGCUGGGCGAGACGCCUGAAGCGCUGCCACUUCCUUCCGCCAAGCGUCGCGGGGCCAAGAAGCCCAAAAAGGAAGUAAAGCCGCCGCUUCUGGCCUCCCAGCUGACCGUCACCACUGCUGCGUCUACUGCUGGGAGCAGCACGCCGCAAGCAAAGGGUAUUCUUCACAUGCCUUCAAACCGUGAGUUGUCGCACAAGAUCGUGAUGGCGGCCGGGCAAGCCGCCAUGGCUCCUGCCCAGGUUUUACCACUGUCCACGAAACCUCCAGCGCCGUCGGGGACGGAGAAGGAAGCGGCGACGAGCAGCACAACGCUGAAUCUUUAGAAAACAUCCAUGGUGCAGGUGAUUGCUUGCAUCAUGCAGGCUGUCAAUCUCUGAUUACUGUUUCGGACCGAAAACAUCCAUGGCUUUAGGAGACGGAGACUCGUCCAUGGUAAAAGUUGUUGCUGCCGGCUUGACGUCGAUUUUUCUGUUUGGUCUCUUUUCCGUCUAACAUGUCAAAUCUCUAUAUUCUGUAAUGGCGUGUGGUUGGUGCGUGGUUGUGUGGGAACUGCUCGUCGGACUAUAUGAGGUUGUGGACGAUUGGCUAGAAAUCUGCAUCAUCCUGCAAUGACGUGCUUUCGAAUGAACCUGCUGAGGAGGGAGGUCUUUCUCCGUGCUUCACUGUCGUUGCCGAGUGCUGACCACGGGGCUAUCUUAGUCCGUGAACUGGGCUAUGUCCACGGACAUAUCUGGACAUUGUAUGACCAUGUCUGCUUU